UUGGUGAUUUUUUAUUCAAUUUAUACAUAGAAUAUCAAUAGACUAUUCCCGGAACACGCCUCCUAUAAUAAUGCUAUAAAUAUAUGUGCUUACACAUUUAAAAAAAACGAGCAUCUGAACAGACUAAACUCAACUCAAACCUCCACAGAGGCACAAUAUGAUCAGACUUCUCAAGAAGGUGUUCGGAUGCGGAGCCAGGAGCUUCAGCGAAAAGGAAGUCCCUGAAGGCAGCGUUCGAGUUUACGUGGGCAAAGGGGACUGCGACUUGUGCAAGUUCGAGUUGGAAGUGAAUUUCCUGAACCACCCGCUGUUCGAGAACCUACUACAGAUCUCCGGGGAAGAGUUCGGGUACUCCUACGAGGGAGCCCUGAGAAUAGCUUGCAAGGUCGACCUGUUCCAGUACCUCGUUCAUCUCCUCAAGAGCAGCGACCCGAGCGCUCACUACAUGGAGCUCCCGCAGCUCGUCGACAAGUUCCAUAGCACGAAUGCCCCACACAAGAUAAUGCCAUUAUAAGUAGCUCUCUCUUCUUCCUCCCCUCCUUAAUGUGAGACCGGACACAUAAAUACAGACACUACAUGUAUAGGUAUAUAUGCUAACCUGCCGAUCGAGCUCGAUUUUACCAUGCGAUAAAUAUCCGUUAUAUGUUGUUUCAACAGCAGUGAAUAUAUCAUCUGUAAUUAUUUUAAGUAUCUGUUCUUAAUGUUCGACUGUUAUGACAAGUUCACUGAACUUGCAUCCCGAUAAUAGAAGUGAGUUA